CGAGGAGGGGGAGGAACGUGAAGAUGAAAAUGUAUCGGAAGUGUGGUGAUGUUACUGCAUGAAUGUCGUCGCUGGUUUCUUUUUUGCUUCCUAAUCUUCCUCCGUCCUAGUCUUGCUUUGGAUCGCUCACGUCACGUGGGUGCUGCAGUAGCAGCACUGUGCGGCCAGAGGGCGCUGUUGGCGCCAUACAAUGAAGCAGCAGGAAGCAGGAAGUGGUCUGUGGCAGCUUGACGCUAGGAGGGCUGAGGCAAGUUGAGACGAGCAGGUCAGAGUGGGCGGGGCCAAAAGAAAGGAACCUGUUCCAGUGAGUUUGGACUCACCCUUCAAGAACAUACAGAACCGAUACGGCAUGCUUUUUACUGGUACUUCUUCUUGGACCGUCAUGACAGGAAGCUGAUGAUCAGUCUUGACCUUCCACCUGUCCAUCAACCUGAGGGGCGUUUCCACCAUGGCAAAGACGUCCGCCUUACUUGGCAGAGGUUUGGGUCUGGUCCUGGUGGAGUUUCAGUAUGAGUACCAGGGUCGGGACGGGUCGUUGAUCUCUAUUAAACCCAAUGAACGCUACGUCCUGCUGGCCAAGACUAACGAGCACUGGUGGCAGGUCCGAAGUGACCACGCCUCCAAGCCGUUCUACAUCCCAGCCAAGUACGUCAAGGAGCUGCCGCCGGACUUUCCUUCACCUCUCGACUUUGCCGACCCACCCACUUCUGAAGGUGCACUGAUUCCUGCAGCGGUGCCGGUUCCCGUUCCUGUUCCUGUCCCAAAGGCUCUGGAGGAGCCUGCCGGGACCAGAACCAAACCCAGUGAUGAGGUUACUAUCCGGCUCAAACCGGAGGCCUCAGGUGGGUACCGGAAGACUGAGAACCGCAUGUCCACGUUUGGUGUUCCACUGGACUUCCAUGAACCCUCGUUGCCGGUUGCUCCAGGACCGCGGAAUUCUACCAUCCCUCUUAGUCCUGACACCGGUCCCGAGACCCCCAGCAAAAAGACGCUUGAUGAUCAGAGGGACUCUGGGAAAUCUCGCGUUCCGAGUUUCAGCCCAGCCGACCCCACGUUCACAGCCCGGCCCCACGUGCAACCCAUCCCUGUGGAGACGCCCGUGGUCCCUGGGGCGCCCGCCCACGACGACCUCCAGGGUGCAGAAGAUCAGGAGGCCUCGAUGGAGGAGGAGGAGGAAGUCGUCGCAGAGGAGGAGUCCAGCGGCCCAGAGAGUGUCAACGAGGAGGACCCUCCUAAAGAGGAGGAUUCCAACCACAUCUAUGAGUCCAUCCAAGACCUCAACCUGGACCUGGCAGCCCUCACCAGACCAGAGAGUCCUGAUCCUGGUCCUGGACCUCCCACCAUAGAGGCCCCACCCACCUACGCCCCUCCACCGCUGUCUGACUCCACCCCAUCUACCACAGACUACACCCCCUCUGCCCCUCAUUUGAUGAGCCCUGCCUCCCCCCUCAGCCCUCAGGAUGGAUGGCAGGUGUACACGGACCAGGAUAGCGGGAAAGUCUUUUACUUCCAUCCCAUCACCCGACAGACCACCUGGUCCGACCCGCGUGGUCCCCAACCCUCCUCGCCUGCAGACUCGGACCCACCUGAGGGGCUGCUGUCCCCCGCCUCCUCUCAGGCAAGUUGUGGCUCACCUUGGGAGCAGGUGCUGGACCCGACCUCAGGCCGCUUCUACUACUACAACCCUACGUCAGGGGCCACGUCCUGGACCGCACCCCCGCUAUCCUCCCCACUGGGACCCUCAGACGAUGGCCCGCCCCCCCUGCCAGAAGAAGAUUAUCCCAUGGACUCGCACGAUGACACCGUGUUUUCUACGUCCCCCCAUGCUAGGCAACAUGUGAUUCCCAGAGCUCAUGUGGAUUUGAGGGAUGGGGUGGGCCCCCAGUGGGGUGUGGGGAAUGGCAUGGUGGAGGACAGAGGCUGGAGACACAGCGUCGCUGAGGACAUGCUUGUUUCCCGCCACUUGAAGAACAUGUCUGACAUCACUGAGGCCAGGAGAGACUCUCCAGAGAGUCCACAGCUCUUCCUCAGGAGGAAUCUGUCCAAUCGCAGCACAGACUCCCAGCAGGGACACCUGCUGGAGAAAGCUGGAAUCAUCAACAAGACCAAAGUGGUCGACAACGGCAAGAAGAUCCGGAAGAACUGGAGUCAGUCGUGGACCGUCCUGCAUGGAGGAAUCCUCACAUUCCACAGGGACCCCAAAUCUGCUCCCAGCGGGAACAUGGCCAAAGCCUCACAAAUAGUUCCAGAAUACACGGUAGAGCUGAGAGGAGCGUCGAUCGGCUGGGCCUCUAAGGACAAGUCCUCUAAGAAGAACGUGCUGGAGCUGAGGACUCGUCAAGGUUGUGAGUACCUGAUGCAAUACGACACAGAGAGCAUCAUCAGUGAUUGGCUGAAAGUCAUACAAGACACCAUCAGACAGCUGGAACAGGAACAUGUGUCAGAUGACGAGGAUGAGGCAUCUUCGGACAAAGAGGACAAAGACCGGAAAAGGAUGAGCACCAGGAGCUUGUUGGGCGCCGACUCGGAGCAGACGCGCGUUCGAACCAAACUGCGACGCUUCUUACAGCGCAGACCCACCCUGCAGAGCGUCAAGGAGAAAGGCUACAUACGAGAAAACAUGUUCGGCUGCCAUCUUGACACGCUGUGUCACAGGGAAAAUGCCACCACGCCCAAAUUCAUGGAGAAAUGCAUCCGAGCAGUGGACAGGAGAGGCCUUGACGUGGACGGGAUCUACCGAGUGAGCGGAAACCUUGCAGUGAUCCAGAAGCUGCGACAUAAAGCGGAUCAUGAGGAGCACCUGGACCUGGAGGACGGUCAGUGGGAGGACAUCCACGUGAUCACCGGAGCACUCAAGCUUUUCCUCAGGGAGCUUCCUGAGCCGCUCUUCCCCUUCAGCUUCUUCGACAAGUUCAUCGCCGCCAUCCAAGUUCCAGACUACUGCCUGAGGGUGUCCUACAUGACGGACCUGGUGCGCUCACUGCCUCUGCCCAACCACGACACCAUGGAGCUGCUCUUCAAACAUCUUCGCAGGGUGAUCGAGCACAAAGAGUCCAACAGGAUGUCUGUGCAGAGCGUCGCCAUCGUGUUUGGGCCCACUUUGCUUCGCCCCCAGAUGGAGUCGGCCAACAUGACGAUCCACAUGGUCUUCCAGAGCCAGAUAGUGGAGCUAAUGCUCAACGAGUUCCAUACUGUCUUCGUGCAAAGGUAGCGCAGGCAGACUCAGAUGCAGCUGCCACGGAACGUUCCAGGACCCUCAAAAGAACACCGUGACAGGUGCUCACAUGAGCGGACGCAAUUGGAACAUCUGUGAAUUCUAAGAUGGAGCCACUCGAACAAUGGCACAUGCCCAACGCAGUGACUUGCCCUCAUCUUUAGGACCCAAACAAGCACCACAUACUUCUAGAACCUCACAGGACUCAACAAACAUACCACUGGCCUGGACGUGAUCUUCAAGUGCACCUUUUGAAGAAAAACAUCAGAACCUCGUCGAACCACUGCCUCUCCUUUUUGGAAACUCUUGAGGAAGAGGAGAUGGAAACGGAAAUGCUGAGUCAUAUGGCCUCGUAUGAAAUGCAUAAAAUCAGAGACGUUAUUACACGGCUGACAAGACAGAAUGACACUUGUUUUAUUGGGCAAUGAUUCUGGAGAGCAAAAACAUUAAAGUCUU